CUCUGUAUCCGAGUGCUGAUCGCACGAGCAAAGGACUUCCUAUUGCAUUCCUCAGCAGACCUGCUGUUGCCAGCACAGGUUCCGCCACAGUCAUGGACGCUCAAGAUGGUCCUGUUCAAAGGAUCUGCAGCACAGGCGUUGGAUCGCAGGCAAACAUGUCCAUACCAAUCCUGCCCAGCAAGUUGAUUGGCGGACAGAUUUCACAGAGGCACCACGAGUCUGCACCCUUUCUGGGCCCCGCUCAUGGGACCCCCAAUUACAUCAUUCGGCAAGCUGGUCCGCAGACUCAAGUGAAUCUUGUGAACGCUUCCUCGUCAGGGCCUUGGUUUCCUAGACCAAAAGAUUCAAUUGCUGAUCUCUCCUCUCACUACCCCGCAUUGGGUGGCUAUUCGCUGAGUGCUGAUGGAGAGCAGCAGACUGAAUUAGGCACAGGCUUGCUGAGAGACUUCACUCAAGGGGCACUGCCGCAGCAUAGCAGUUGUGUCACUCAGAGCACCUCGGCAUUGAGGCCCCUUCAUUUGGACGGAGGCUUGGAGCUUCAGCAGAGCAUGUGCUCGCCAUCAUCUCUGCCUCCCCGCCUAUAUGCAGGGAGUGGUCAAGAACUGAGUCGGGGGGAUCAGCUGGCAAAUGCCAACCAGCAUGCCUUACUGGGCCAUGCUGGCCGCGCCGCAUCAGCUCCUCGCGAAAGGCCCCGCCCAGACAGCAGUGGAUUACCUUUGCGGCCCGGCACACCCACAGAGCAAGG